UCACCAUGAGUAAUUUUACGUGGUAAUCGGCGGUUCUUGGGGGCGAGGCUUCGGGGUUUCGUGUACGUAGACAAGUUUGAGGUCUUCCCAGUCCGUCAGCCUGCGGUGGCUAUACGACGCAAACAGAAAGAAAGACCAUAAAAACAAACUACAAGUGAAUAAGAGACUUUUUAAGUACCAGAAGAAACUCGAGAGAAGAAAGCAAGAUGGUGGCCAAACAGAGGAUCCGUAUGGCGAACGAGAAACACAGCAAGAACAUCACUCAGAGAGGAAACGUGGCCAAGACAACGAGGAGUCUGGUCGAGGACAAAGGCGUGGGUCCCUGGCUGCUUGCUCUCUUCAUCUUCGUCGUCUGUGGAUCAGCUAUUUUCCAGAUCAUCCAGAGCAUCAGGAUGGGCAUGUAGAGUGAUGUCAUCAUAAGGGGCGGAGCUACAACAGCAGCUGAAGAGGACAAUGACAAAGGACCUGCUAAUGUGAAAAUCAUCCUCAGACUGUUGAGUUCCUGCCCUGAACUGAACCAACCAAAUCAUUCCUGAACUCUGACCAAGCCCUGCCCACUAGACAACCAGCUUCUGCCCACCUAUCCAAUCAAAACCAGCCCCUAAAACCCAGAAUAUUUGUUGUUAUCUGUGUUGACUCAAUGUGCUGCUGUCCCCUGACCUUCUCACAGUGACUGUCUGCCUUUAAACAACCCAUACGUGCCUCCCUGUCGACCUGUGCUUUAGCUCCACCCCCUCUGAGUACACAUUAUCAGUACAUGGGGGUGGGGGUCACAGUCCAGCCUGCUCCUGUAAACUGUAGUAGUGUUUAGUCCAGACCAAAAUUAAUAAAUCUUUUUGCAUUUGUUCCCAGAA